UUUUCAGGACAUGGCUACCGAAAUCUCAAGGCUCGUGCUCUCAAUUUUCAUUGUGCUCGUGGCUCUUCUCACAAGUAUCGACACAGCUCCAGCAUUUUGUAGAGCUUGCAAUAAAAACUGCUUUAUGUCGGCAAACGGUACAGAAGACAGUGUCAAUAGUACAACAAUUGAUAUCGAUCUUCUCCAUGAGCUCGAAACAAAUGGUUUGGAGUCUUCUGAAAAGGAGUCUAGAAGAACAAAACGAGAAGUUGAAUACCGUGCAUGCUCAAGAUUUCAAAUUGAAAUGUUAUUAAUUCCACUUGCAAUUGCAAUGAUUCCUCUAGUUCUUUGUGCAUUAUUUCUUUGCACAUGUUGCUGUGGACCAAAAGAAUCACGUGGAAAGUUACCUGCCGAUUUUCUAGCUUCACUUCCAAUGUCCAAGAAAAGAACGAAUAAAUUAGCAUCAGAAGAAUUCGAAUUGGAAUGGGGAGAUGGAUAUGUGGCAAGAAAGGAUUCGACUAAAACGAAAUUCUCUACAACAGUAUCAUAUAUUGAAGCAAGAAGAGAAAGCAUUUGGUCUGCAACGAGUGUGGCUAGUGAUACUGCAAUUGAGAACCUAAAACACGAGUCCGCAAAAUGCGAAGCUCAAUGUACAUCUACUGUGACAACAGCUCCAAAAUUAACAAAAGCGAAAUCAUGUGAUUCCAUCAAACGAACAAGGUUCUCAGAUACAGUAUCUGUAAUCUCAUUGGAUUCUGGUGAACGACGAUGAUUCUUGGCAUCUUGCCAAACUUAGACUUAUUUUAGACUCUAUUUCCUUGUUGUCUAUACGUGUCGUUUUUUCUCUCCAACUGCCACGUCACAUUCUAGUCAUUCACUGUCAUUUCUGGGUACAUGCCGAGUUUUUUGGCUCAAUUUCACAGUUUUUCUCUCUGUCUCUCUUCUCUCCCUCUCCAUCUUUCUCAGUUAUGAUCUGAGCAAGCGUCUCGAAAUGAAGCGAGAACUCUUAGGAAACCUUGGAUUCUUCCCAACCUUCUGGGAAUCUGAACACUUCUCUUUGCUUUAAUUGAUUCCCGAUGCCUUUUAUUGUGCUGCUGACGAGUUCCAUUGAAUCUGUAAAUAUUUGAAAAAUCGAAAUAAAGUAUUUCAAUUCACUAAAUAAAUAAUUUUCAUGUUUUUUAUAUUUUUACAGGCGUUGUUUUUUUUAUUUCGCAAAUAAAGACAAACUCACA